AUGUGGGAAGCGCUAAGGCCGAGGGCUCAAGUGAAGGACUGGGCUCGUUCGGUGUGGUUCAGGGGAGCAAUACCAAGACAAGCAUUUAUCAUGUGGCUUGCAAACCUCAACAGACUACCGACAAAAGUGAGGCUCGCAUCCUGGGGACUUAACAUCCAAACGGUUUGUUGCUUCUGCAAUACACAUGAUGAAACGCGUGAUCACCUCUUCCUAGAAUGCAGCUACAGCACUGCCUUAUGGCUGCGAUUCUUUGCAAGGCUUGAUCCCAACCGAACGGCUUUCCUCUCAUGGGAAGAACUUCUCUCCUGGUUACGAUUCUCCACAGCAUCAGCCCCAUCCACCAUCAGGAAGCUAGCGACUCAGUCCAUGAUCUACAUCAUCUGGAGGCAGCGCAACUCGGCAGUUCAUCUCACUGGAUUCUCCCCGCAGCAGACAACAUUCGCCACCAUAGACAGGGAUAUCCGUAAUGCCAUUAGUGCGAGAAGACAUAGGAGGAAAUUCACUACUCUUAUGCAACUUUGGAUUAGAUAG